UAUGCUAAUAAUAUAGCCCACUACAGAAUAUGUAUUCAGCAUGAUUUAUUUGUAGCAGUCGCUGUAUUUAGCCGCAUUAGAAAGGCAGGGUCUAUUUUCCUUCUCGCUACACAACCAUGUAUGAUGUCCACUUCAAGCCAGGAAACAGAAGGCGCACACAUAAGACAGUGUAAUAUGCCGACCUCAACAUUACAUAGGCAUAUAGGUAGUUACUAUAUGAUUGUCGGUGAAAAUGUUCCGUUUGUAGAAGAAUCAGCGCAGGGACUGGUAGUCUACACCAGAGAGGAAGAUGCGAAGCGAGAGGGUCUAAUCCCGUCAAAAUCUGUCCUGGCGAAAAUACAGCGAUAAUUAGACCUUCUACCUUCCCGCCUCUGGGACAACGACCCUCAUUGUUAGGGCGGAGACAGACCGUCUCGUUAUAAUAUACACUAUCUCAGGCUACACCCGCCAUGUUGGCCGUUUCUCAUCACCCAGGCAAAAAAUAAAACAAAUUUUUGAAGAGGAAGAGAAACGCCUUAUGAUGAAACCUUUGACUAACUGUCAGCAGGGUUAAUGUGUGUUUCAUCCAAACACAAACCCAGGUGUUAGUGCCACUGCCAAACGCAUGCCCAGGAGUAGAUACAGGUGUUAGUGUCAACCCCAUGUCAAGUAGACACACCUCCUCUCCAACCAUGAGGCCUGACAAUAACAACAACCACAACAGUGUGCUGGAUGGAGACGGAGUGGAGGACGGGUCUGGACCAAUCAGCAGGCCCCGUCAGCCCCAGUGCCAUUCUCUCUCCUCCGGCCGGGCGCGUCACAGCCACCGCCGCAGCAGCAGAACAGAUAAGCAGCCUCACACCUGUCCUCUCUGUUCCAAAACGUUCAUCUCUUCCUCUCACCUGGCCCUACACCUGCGCUCCCACAGCGGGGAGAGGAAGUAUAAGUGUGGCGUGUGUGGGAAGCUCUUCCUGCAGUCAGCCCACCUGAUGCGCCAUAAGACCACCCACACAGGGGACAGGCCCUUUAAGUGUCCAGACUGUGGGAAGGGCUUCGGUCGCGCUUCUCACCUGAAGACACACCAACGCCUCCACACAGGGGAGAAGCCAUUCCAGUGCUCCGUCUGUGACAAGGCUUUCACCCAGAAGGCUGGGCUGAUCAUGCACCACCGCCUGCACACUGGUGAGAGGCCUUACAGGUGUGAUCACUGUGGUAAAGCCUUCCGCUCCUCCACACACCUGCUGGCCCAUCAGGCCCUGGAGUCAGCCAAGCAGAGCUUCACCUGUGACAGGUGUGAUCAGAGUUUCAGGUCAGCCUCGUCCCUCAGACAGCAUGUUAAGACACACAGCAGCACCAUGGAGGACCUCUGCUGUGGGGUCUGCUGCCGGUCCUUUGUCCGCUCCUCCUACCUGCAGCUGUACAUGAGGCUCCACAGAGGACAGAGGCCCUACCACUGCAGGGUCUGCAACAAGACUUUUGCUAAGAUGACCACCUUCCAGAGACACUGUGACAAACACCUGAGGAGGAACGGGGACAUGGACCAGGGGCAGGAGGAGGAAGAGGAGGAUGUCAAACCUACAUUGCCCCCACCCUCCACCCCUCCUACUCCUGCCCUUCUACCUCCUCCUGUUCCUCCAUCCACCCUUCCUCUCUUGUCGGAGGUCAAUACACGCUCUAAAACUAGAGCCAAAAUUAGGAUAGAAUGACUGUGUUCUGGACUUGGAGUAUAACAAUGGGGAAAGAACAUAAGUGGCAUCCUUAAACAUGUGCAAUUACUUGCAACAGUCAUAUUAUGUAUAUUUACUGAUAGGGUAUUACAAAUUAUUUAAAGUUUUUAAUUAUACAAACUGUAUUGUAAUGUAGUUUAUAGUAUUGUUUUGUUUUAUUGUUUUAAGCAUGCUUUUGUAUUUACUAAUACACACUUAGACUUUCCCUGUGUGACUUCAACACUUCAAUGUGCUGUGCAAUCCUGAUGCUUUUCAUACCAUAGUCCAUAUCGCACAGUACCAUAUUAUACCAUAACGUAAAGUCUGUAUGAUCAUAUCACUCCAUCCUUGGACCAAGUAUUAACUUUUUAAUAACAAUAAAUGUUGAUUGGACAGGU